ACCAAAGCCGAGGGCCGCAUGUCAUAUUCCGAAUUCGUCCAAUUACUAAACCACCAUGCCAUUCCUGCUCGAGAAUUGACCACCGACCAUCUCGAAAACAUUUUCAGCUUGUUAUCGCAUGCCAUUACAGCAACAGCCACCACCACGGCAGCAGCAGCAGCAGCAGCAACGGCAGCGACGGCUGCACAAGAACCGGUAGUGCUGCCACUAACGACGUCAACAACGACGAAACAAAAGGUUAAUGAGGAGCCAAGCAGUCGAUGGAGGCAAUGGAUGCUCUCGGACACCAUGGUUCAUUUGGUUGCCGGAGUGUGCACACCAAAUAGGUAUGGCAGGUGCUGUGUCUCGCACGGUCGUCUCGCCAGUAGAGCGUAUGAAAAUUUUAUUUCAGGUGCAAGGGCCUGAACCUGCAGCUUAUCAGGGUGUAUUCCCUACAUUGGCCAAAAUGUGGCGAGAAGAAGGUCUGAUGGGCUAUAUGCGUGGCAACGGCACAAACGUCAUUCGGAUCAUACCCUAUAGCGCAAGUCAGUUUGCUGCUUACGAGUGGUGUAAAAAGCUACUCAUGGAGCCUGGGAAGACGGAAUUGGACACUCCUAGACGAUUGACAGCCGGUGGGUUUGCUGGUGUCAUCUCGGUUGUUUGCACUUAUCCUUUGGACAUGGUACGGACUCGAUUGUCUGUCCUGUCGGCCACGCUCGAUGGUAAUGUCCGGAAAACAGGCGGUGUACCGCAAAAGAAACUGCCUGGUAUUGUUCCAAGCAUAGUUCAUAUCUACAAGACCGAAGGUGGCAUGGUCGGGUUAUAUCGUGGUCUAUGGCCCACAACUUUGGGCGUUGCUCCAUAUGUUGCAUUGAAUUUCCAAUGCUAUGAAGGUCUUAAGUUCCUGCUUGUUGCACCAGGAGAGGAUACACCCUCUGCUAGUCGCAAGUUGAUAUGUGGCGCUCUUGCAGGAUCGAUUGCGCAAACGAUCACUUAUCCUCUCGACGUUUUGCGGAGACGUAUGCAGGUUACUGGCAUGGCAACGAUCGACUACAAAUACAAUGGCACCUGGGAUGCAGUAAGGACAAUGGUUCGCAACGAAGGUGUCCGAGGCUUGUACAAGGGCAUGAUUCCAAAUUAUCUCAAGGUCGCUCCUGCUAUGGGUGUCAGUUUCCUUACCUAUGAAUGGUGCAAGGAUGCAAUGAUUGUUGCACGGUAAUUGCACCGUACCUACUACCUACCUACUCUACUAAACUAUAUGUAUAUACCGCAUAUAUUUUCUAUAUUUUGCUUUCCUUCCUCAUCUCUUCCU